AUGCACGCCAAGGGUUCUCUCGUCGCCCUCCUCGGAGGUCUUUCUCUUUCCGCCGCACAGAGCUCUCAUAACCCAUCUUCCGAGGAUACCGCAAAGGCACGGGCGACUGUGAAGCCUAACUCUCCGGUUUCGAAUGUUCAGGGCCUGUCGUUUAACCGGUUUGUCAACAUCUGGUUGGAGAAUACGGACUAUGAAGCCGCCACCAAAGACCCCCACCUCUCCAAGCUGGCCAAGCAGGGUGUCACCCUGACCAACUUCUGGGCCCUCACGCACCCUUCGCAACCCAACUACUGUGCCUCCGCCGGUGGUGAUACCUGGGGUAUGGACCAUGACGAAUUUGUCGAGCUUCCCUCCAACAUUUCGACAAUCGCGGAUCUGUUCGACACGAAGGACAUCUCCUGGGGCGAGUACCAGGAGCACCUGCCCUACGCUGGCUACCAGGGCUACAGCUUCUCCGAAACCGACGCAAGCGACUACGUCCGCAAGCACAACCCGCUGGUCCUCUUCGACUCUGUUACCGAUGAUGACACUCGUGUACGCCAGAUCAAGAACUUUACCAGCUUCUACGAUGACCUGAAGAACCAGAAACUCCCUCAGCACAUGUUCAUUACUCCUAACAUGACUAACGAUGCCCACGACACUGACAUCACUUUUGCCGGGAGCUGGACCUACCACUUCCUCGCUGAGUUGCUCGAGGAUGAAUACUUCACCAAGGACACUCUGAUUCAGCUCACUUUCGAUGAGACCGACACUUACGAGAUCGGGAACAAGGUCUUCACCUUCCUUCUUGGCGGUGCUAUCCCUGAGAACCUCAAGGGCAAGGAGGACGACACCUUUUACACUCACUACUCCAUCAUUGCCUCCUUGUCUGCGAACUGGGGACUUCCUUCCCUUGGCCGCUGGGACUGCGGUGCCAACCUCCUCAGCUGGGUUGCUGAGAAGACUGGAUACACUAACUGGGAGGUGGACACCGAUAAAUUGUACCUCAACGAGACUUACCCCGGCCCGUUGUCUGAGGGAGAAUUCUCUGAGUACUCUCCCAAGUGGGCUGUUCCUUUGACAAGUGGUACUUGCUCCGGUAGUCGCAGCAUUCUCAACACUGUUAAGAAGACCUGGGCCGGUCUCCAGCCGACUUACAACUACACGAGCCCUAUCCCGCAUGAUACUGCGAAUGGGAACUCUGUUGGUGUAAAGUACUACAAGACUGAGAACGGAAAGCAGUCGGUCCACGUCACCGGAUCCGAGUAA